AUGAAUGAAAAAAUAACGCCUGCGAUCCGUGCUUCGCGGAGUAAAAGUGGAAGGUGGAGCCAAGGCAGCAGUCUUCUAGUCAAUGCGCCAUCGAGGUCCCGCGAACUUCCCGAAAAUUUGCUCUCCGGUUACAAAAUGCAGUGGGCGCUGAAUCGUCCGCUGCGAUUGCGCUCGGGCCAGCUCACUACACACGUGAAUGCAUACAAACUGGCCACUCAAAGUCUAACCUUCCGCCGUCUGAUCAAGGUAAUCGACGAACGCCAGAAACGACAGCGCAAUCAACGAAAGCACCACCACCAACAACAAGAAUAUUCAGAAGAGGAACCCCCAUUACUCAUCGACUGCCAUCGUAGCACAGAUGUAAACGAUUUAGCCUUCGCUAUUCACUUCUGCCACUUGGGGCAUUGCAAAAUAUCAGCCAUCACUACGAUGGACCAGUCGGAUACGCCUCCAAUGAAAAAGCGAGGCGAAAAACCCGCGGUUAUUGACAUGGCAAAUCAAAGCCCAAUACUUCUGAGCACUGGACAGUUGCAUUUGACAACAACAACGGCAGAAUGCAGCCUCAUUUGCGGUUUGCGUGUGGCAAACACCUAUGGCAUAGAAAGUUUGAAUAAACGAUGCAUCUCCUACGUGGAAGCCAACUUAGACCGAGAAAGCUGUUGGGCUCUUUGGAGGACCAUAUUCAAGCCACCAACACUACCCACAGACUGGAAUGUCAUUCAAAUAGACGGAAAGGCCGGUCAAUUGUUGAUUGAGUUUAUGCAGAAGAACUUCCACAAAUUUAUGAGGAGCAAGAAUUACGUGGAAAUGACGCAUUUAUCUGCUGCGGAACUCAAAUUCCUUCUCGCCUCGGAGAGACUGAACGUGUUUUCCGAAUCGGAAGUAGUCGAUGUAAUAACGGCGUGGGUGGACGUGCAACCGAAAGACCCUGUCACGCAAAAACUACUUCUGGAUGUAGUUCCACAUCUAAUCGAGCAUUGCGUGAGACUCGAGCAGUUGGACAAGGACGACAUAGACCGCCUGCUACAACUUCCGGGAAUGCGGUCGAAGAGGACCAAUUCUACCGGCGACGGCCUACCACGAGGAUGCUCACACUCGAACAACUCUUCGGGUUCGCGCCUCGAUGGAUGGAAUGAUGAGUUAAAGAAUAUGUGCAUUGCAAUGCUUCAUCAAAGACGGCGGCGCCUAGUGAGAACAUCGCGAAAUCUCCGUCCCCUCUUAACCCGACCAACAGAAGAUCAUGAAGGAGGAAGUCAAUGUGAGACUUCGAACCCUCAAAUAUCGGCAUGGCCCAAACUGGCGCCACGAAUACCACAUGAAGCAAUCAUAGUGUUCGGUGGGUGGGAGAACGGUCAGCCCUGUAGGAAUGCUAGGGUGCUAGAUUCACGGAAAAAAAAGUGGAUAACCUAUGAUGUUGAGUCCAGAUCGAGUCUUGCGCUGCCACAUCCGCUUAUGAGCUUUGCAAUUGCUAACGUCGACAACUGUGUGAUCUACAUAGCCGGUGGUGAGAGCCGAAGUGGACAAGCGACACAAGAGGUGCUUAGCUAUGACUUCAGAUGCAACAGCAGUAAACGUGGAUGGAAGGGCUGUGCACCGAUGCACGAAGUUCGCAGAGACCUCAUUUUAGUCAACUUUCAGAACAAGUCACUUUACGCGAUCGGAGGAGAUAACAACCGAACCGUCCUCGAUUCUGUUGAAACACUUUCCUUGGAGAAGGGCAAAUCUGGCGUUUGGCUAGAAGUUGCCAGAAUGAUCAUUCCACGAGGAGCUCCAGCCGGCGACGCGCUAGGCUCCCAGAUAUACGUGUGCGGUGGAUACACCGAGAGCAGGAUGGAGUCCCUGACAAACAGCUGCGAAACCUACAACCCCGCCACCAACCAAUGGACUUUGAUCCAACCGAUGGCUCAACCUCGCUACUACGCCAGUGGCGUCAACUAUCAAGACCACUUGUUCAUUCUCGGCGGAGGGGGUGAUAAUUCGAUGAGACUAACGACUUCGGUGAUGGCACAGGGCUACAGCAGCACCGUGGAGCGAUUCACUCCGAAGGACGGCGUGUGGGAGUUGAUGCCUGCGAUAGCCGAACGAGCUGAUUUCGCGGCAUGUGUGCACCAGGAUGAGAUAUUCUGUAUUGGUGGUGGGGGAGAAGCAUUCUGUACAGCUGAUACCGAAACCUGGCGGCCCUGGAUAGGCAGAGUUCGAGGGAGUGAGUUCAGCGACGAGCAGACAAAUGAGAGCGGCACGGGUAGCUAUGCUCUAACAUCUGACAAUACUAUUCAGGAGUCCAGUUCCGCCGCUACGCCAAUUUGGAUGCCACCUAGUGAGACGGAUGGCGAGGUUACCGGUUCGAAUCCACGGAAUGCCGCGGGGCAAUUCGGUGGCUGGCGCAGAGGAGUUCCACUCCCACUUCCACUGUGGGGCCACAGGUGUGUGUCAAUAAGCGGGGUCGACAAAGUGCUUCGACUCUUGUCAAACGAAUCAGAAUCACUUCCACCGGAGACAGACUCACGCAGCACCGCUACAUACACUGCACCUCAGAGAUGGAAGAUGGUAAGAACCGACGAAAGCACGAUUCUGGCAAUAGAAGACACAAGAGAGCAGAUAACCGAGGAAGGCGAAGUGGGGGAGAGCGGGAAAAUUGAAGUUCGAGUCGGGAGUACGACUAUGCUGGUUGAGUAUUAG